GCACUGUUGCUUGCAACCUUUCUGCAUUCUUUUCUCAGUAGUAUGUAAUUCGUGCCAUUCGCGCUGGCGCUUUUGCACAACCCCCUUCGGUUCUCAUUCUCUUCUCAAAUGAAAAUUUAAUUCACACAAUUAACAGCCUCUCCUUUUCCCCAAUUUCAUACACGGAUUUCCUAACGAAAAUUUUCAUAUUACCAUUGCCACAUUAGGCAUUCGUUCUCGUUAUGGCCAAGUAUAGCAUUAUGCGAGCCGCUACGGCAUUUCUCAUGAUUCUAUGGUGUAGUAUGACUCACGCAGCCCCUCAUCAGCGUAGAGUACAUGGAAGCUUGCGACAUUCGCGUUCUGAACCAAAUGUUGAGCCAUUCCUGAUUACGGUUAUGACUUCACAUCUGGGCCUAAACUCUACACUCCCAGCUACCUCACCAAAAAACAUCUCGACAUAUCUUGUUGGUGAAUCUCCUAAUCCCGCAAACCCAUCCCAAUUUGUUGGAUUUGUCGCCCAGCGUUCCAAUGGAGAGGCAACGACGUACUUCUCGCCCCCUGCCCAUGCCCGUGCAGAAGUCGUGAAAGCUGCGCCGGCCACCGCAAGCUGGAAGGCUGGGUCCGCCGGGACUAGAUUCAAAACGCCGGGUAUAAUCAACAGCGGUCGUAUAUAUAUCGUUGCUGAUGGCUACCUCAACUUCUACGCGAGCGAAGACAAAAAAAUCAUUCACCCAGAUCCUCAUAAUCCAACCGACAUUGCAAGCCAAGAGCUAUGGGGUUUUAUCGAACUCACCCACGCCAAAGACCCCAGCAAUGGUAAUGAGAAUAUGGUAGUCAAUCUGUCGUUCGUUGACUGGGUAAGUCUGCCAUUGGGAAUGAGUUUAACAUCUCAAGGUCCAAAUGGCACGGAUACCGUGACAAUUGGUGGUCUUCAGCCUGACGGACUGGUCAAAGUAUGCGAAGCAUUGUCUGCUCUUCCCGGCUUUUGGCCAAAGCUAUGUAUAAGGUCACCCGCCAACAACACUCCGCUUAGGGUCAUGUCGCCUGAGAAGUAUAUCAGCAUCCAUUCAGACGACAAAGAUGCGAUCAGCUACUACGAACCUUAUAUCAACAAGGCCUGGGAAAAGUAUAAGAAUGUGGACCUAAAAAUCAAUACUCAAGUUGAUGGUCCCAACUCAAACAUCAAGGUCGACAAUGGUCGGAUCGUAACAUGCCGCGUGGGUCAUGAUGAUAUCUUGCACUGCGACAACGACGCAGGCGACUUUGCCCGUCCAGUUUCGAGGGAUAUCUACGGUUGUGAUUCGGGUCCAUUCGCAAACCCUGCAAAUGGGGCUACAGAGUCGUGGUCGCGCGCGCGACUUAGACCCCGUCUUUGUGCUGCCUUCGUUCGUUCGACGAUACAUCUCGACGGAGUCCAACCUUCACACGACGUUGGUCCUGAUAAGUAUUAUCAGGAAUCAGUUACCAACCACUACGCCAGGGUGGUUCACAACAAUCUCAUUGGGGGCUCGGGGUAUGCAUUCAGCUACGACGAUGUGAAUCCCGGAAGCACGGAGAAUGCGGCUGGUUUGAUCUCCGUUACGCACCCUCUCCAGUUAAAUAUCCAUGUGAAUAUUUAGGUAUUCAGUCCAUCGAGAUGGUACAAGUGCCUGAAAGCCAUGAUUCCUCAGCCUCCAGUUACAGCAAUUGCUGCCACUCUGGUUUAGAUCUAUACAAUUUUGAAGAGUGUCCAACGGAAUAUACAAGAAAUAUUCUGUCAAAACUUGAUCAAGGAAGAAAUGAUGCUCAACUGGCACAAUAUACAGUUCAGCAACCUGGCACACGCAAGAUGCGAGAUGAGGAUACGUAUGAGUAAACGGACGGGUUGCUAUAGACUACCCCUUGCAGAAAUAGUAUGUUCUCGCUACGAGCAUACCAUUAGGUCAUGCUGUGGGAUCAAUGAGCUUUGAGUCGCUUACAUGAAUAUGAAACUCGCGGUGGCAUCAUAUAUACUUUAUUUAAGCACUUUAUCAGCCUUUCCUCUAAUGGAGGUUGUAUAUCACUGGAUAUUAGAAAUCCCAUACUUUUCAACACGCGGAAGCUUUCCGAUGAGGGUAUGGACCCUAAGUAGCUUGUCACAUAUAGAGUUGGACAAUAUCUUCUACUUAUGUGCAUACGUAGAAUUAUUUACAUCCAUCUGCUUUGCUGA